GCAAAAGUUUAUGUUCUAUUUGUAAAGUUUCAUACUUAAUGACCCAAUAUUUUUAAAUGUUCGACGUGGGGUAGCCUGUACCUCAGCGGAAAGCCCGUGAAAAUUGAAAGUAUGGGAAGCUAGGAUUAAGGGAGGCGCGAAUGUUUUUGCGUGUCUCUCCGAUACGCGUGUCGCGAGACGCGGCACUCGGGUGAGAAUCGUUUCCGAUCAAACAGAAAAAGAGAAGAAAAAACGAGAAAAAAGCAGGAAAUAUAAUAACAAACGAGGUGAUAAUGUUGACGUUUGAUGUUUCACUCUUUCGGAGAAUUCUCCUUCCCUUCUUCCCCGCGAGUGCACACUAUUUGCUUCAUACAUCACACAAAUUGCGCACUCGAGGUGGACUCGUGACCGUAACAUUACAAUUUCGUAUCGCAUCCGAUCGCAUCGUGUGUGCGUGUGCAUUUGAUCACCGUGAAAAACGCUAGCCUUACGUCAGGCAAUUUUAGACAAGGUAUUCUAUACGGCAGAGGACAGAUAUUCGUAGAUGAUAAGCUGGUCUGCUGUUGUUCCAAGUCCGAUGUAACUGUACCACAUGUCGUUUGUCCAAUCUUUCCCACAUCAAGUAAAAAUACCGCUGGGGAUAACGCUAAUUCAUAGAAGGAUCGUUAUUGAGACAUAUCACGUACGUCGCGAGAGACGGACCUUCUAGGAGCAGCGGUGUGCUUAAUUCAUAUAUUUUAUAGGAUUGUUAAAUUUAUUCAAGUUAUCCCCCGAGUCAUCGAAAUGAAAUAACUAAACAAAUAUACUGGUCCAUCAAAUUGCCCUCAAAAAGAAAUCGAUCGACUCCAAAAACGCGCGAGGAAAACACUUAUUAGAAUUAAGUCCAGGCUCCAUUGUAAAAAAAUAUAUAUAAAAGAAAGAUCAACAACGCGAAGCCUUGGCCCUUUAUGACGUACCGCGUCGGUAAAUUUGCGAUCGUGUCACAUACGUGUACAUAUUAUUAGUGUAAAAACAUUGGAUAAUAUUCAUCUAUCUCGGCGAUCAUGGGCGCGCACACGCACACGAGCAUAAGGGCUGCGGUAUGAGCAACGUAUCGCCAAAGUUGGAAGGGUGCUCGCCGCUAUUGUUACACUUCAGUCAACUGUCAGCCGUCUUGAGGGUAGUUUAAAAAAGCCCCGCGACAGAGGGUCGAAAGAGUUCUCCCCAUCUCGCCUAAUCAUCACGCGUAAUCAUCACGACUGACAACUAUUACCUGACAAAGCUCGCGGCGCUUGUCCCAUAUGAUUCGGAGUUAACACACGCUAAAGAGAGAACGGAGCUAAAUAAAAUAAGAAAAAAAGAGAAAAAAAUUGGAAGGUCGACAGCAGCGAGCACACAUCUCAUGGUGAUCAUCGCACACCACGGACAUCUCCGUUCAUUGCUCAAAUCGAUGUUUUCGAGCAAGAAUGCGAUAAAGGAUAGUCGAACUGCGUAUCAGACGAGAGACGUAAGCAACCGGUGUUUUCCCAAAGUUGUUCGAUAAAGCAAUUUGCGCUGGGAAGUAAAAUUGAGUCAUUAUUCGAGAGACGUACACAUAUAUUCGUGUCGCGCAGAAAAGAACAGCGAUACACGUGUGUCGUGAUCAGUACAGUGGACCAGCAGGGAGAAUGACUUUGAUUGUGAGAUGGAGGAGUCAUCGUCUUCGGAGCUAGACAAAACCCGAUCGAGCAUCAAUGCGUGGAACGAUGCGCGGAUACUGACGCAUGUCGCAAACAUCGGUAAAACGCACGACCUCAACCAUUUGAGACUCUACAACCCGAAUGUAAUGACAACGCGGCCCUACAACCGCAAUUGCAUAGAUAUCGGAAACGACAGUUACUACAACAACACCGACAAACCGUCGCUCGAUUACCUGAGAGCUGGCAAUACCUUGCCGUAUUCCAUCAACACCUUGCACCUGCAGAAUACCUACAGGCCGUCACAACGACUGGAAGCAUUUGCAUUCCACGACAAUUCGAAGGACAUGUAUCGCUCGCACGAUUUCAUCUUGAGAUCGAGACACAACAACAACAAUUUAUUUAUAAAGAAAGAUCCAGUCGCGAACAAGAACAGCGACCAAGAGAACAAGAAAACCGAGAGAUCGAAAAAAAAGAAGCAUCAAGUGUUCACCGAUUGCAUGGAGUUUUUCCAGCAGUACUGCGCAAAUAGCAGCCUCCACGGUUUGCGUUACGUCGGUGACUCGUCAUUAUCAGCCGUAGAAAGAAUAUUCUGGCUGAUUUCAUUCCUCGCUGCGCUGAUAAUAGUUACAAUUUACAUCUACUUUAUCUAUCAAAGAUGGACGCACUCGCCCAUCAUCAUUGCUUUGAGCCCUGAGCCGGUGUCUCUUACCGAAUUUCCUUUUCCGUCCGUAACAAUAUGCAACAUGAACCACGUUAAGAAGUCCGAGGCAACAAAGAUCCUGCGUGGAUCCGACUCGUUGGAGAAAGUAUUGUUGGACGAUGUCUGCGAUAGAAACUACAAUACAACUGACGAUGGCAUCGAUGAGAAUAUAGAAUGGGAAAGGAUUGAACGGUUUAAGAUCAAUACGUCUCAGUCCUGCACCGAUAUGUUGUACUAUUGUGUCUGGCACGGGAGUCAGCACGACUGCAAUAAGAUCUUCAAUUCUGUCAUGACCGACGAAGGUAUUUGCUGCAAUUUUAACUCGGUGAACAGGAAGUACCUCCUCUACAACCCGCGUGACUGGCCCGACUUGAAUAUCAGCUAUUCCGCAGUCAGCAUUGAUUGGAACGCCGAGAAGGGAUAUAAUGCAAGUACACCGACAGACGUGAUACCACAAAGACCGCCUGGUACCGGACUAUCGUACGGGCUGACUCUGGCGCUUGAUGCGGAAACGGAUGAAUAUUACUGCGGGUUCACCAGCGCAGGCUUUAAAAUGUUACUCCACAGCCCCGUGGAGACACCGAAGAUUGCCGAUUUCUCGUUCGCGAUCAUGCCGGGCAAGGAGACCCGGGUGAUCUUGAAACCGCGGAUAUCAGUCGCCAAUUCGCGGAUAAUUGCUAUACAGCAAAAGAAACGGAAGUGCUACUUCACAGCCGAGAGGAAGCUGCGUUAUUAUCGGACGUACACGCAACGCAACUGCGUUUUGGAGUGUGAGGCAAACUUUACGCAGGAAAUGUGCGGCUGUGUGCAGUACUACAUGCCAAAAUCAGCAAAGACAAAGAUCUGCGGCAAAAGGGACACCUCGUGCGCGGUACGUGCCAAAACGGCCAUGGAGCUCGGGCUCUACGAUGACGAUACAGCGAGUUCGUUAAAUAUCUCAAAACUACCACACUGUACCUGCUGGCCAGCCUGCUACGAGAUCAACUACAAGGCACAGCUUUCGCAGAGUGAACUGUUGCCGACCCUUAACAUCGACGCCCCUUACGUAAAGAAGAACAUGGAUUAUUUCACAAAAAAUGUAGCAGUAGUUCAUCUAUUCUUUGUGGACUCCCAAUUCACGAAAUACGUGAAGAACGAGCUGUUCGGAUUCACUGAAUUUCUGUCGAGCACGGGAGGCUUGCUGGGUCUCUUCAUGGGUUUCAGCUUCCUGUCGGCCAUGGAAAUCGUAUACUUUCUGACUCUGCGAGCAUGGUGCCGCAUGUAUCGUCGACGGCAAGCGGCAAAGCCCGCCGUGCUCCAGAUACAUCCGGCAGAGGACAAGACAGUGAUAUAUCCGUUUGCGAAUUGAAGAAUUGCGAUAUGUAAAUAAUAAUCUGGCACAUAGAUGUAACGUACAGUUGAAAAUAAAAAUGUGCACCGUGUGCGAUAUUUCUAUAGGAGAUUAAAUUAAAA